AUGCAUGUGUGUUAAGAGUGUGUGUGUGUGUGUGUUGUUACUCUAAACAGAAAUCCAGCUUCCUCACUUCUCUCUUCUGUGCUCAGUUGGCUGACCGCGGCUGUUGCUGCUCACUUCAGCACAGUCUCUCUCUCUCUCUCUCUCUCUCUCGCUCGCUCUCUCUCUCGCUCUCUCUCUUUCUGUCGUUCAUUCCUAUUCUUUGUCUCCAUGACAACUGGUUGUCACAAAGACAUCGUGCUCACCUGAGAUCAGGAAGAAGGAAGUGCUCGGUCCUGCCCACGCCGAACUCUCGAAGGAAUUCAAACAGGAGGCGACUUGACAGCGAACAAGUGGCCAGAGAGAAGAACCUACCUGACAGGCAGCGUGAAGGAGGAGAGGAUCAGGAAGGGAAGAUGAGAAAGUGACGAGCUGGAUCUUUGCUUUUGAAUGGUGGCAGAAGAACCGACAGCAGCGACACGGUGACUCCACGUCUCAUCGUCCCACAGGCCCCCGAUCUGAUUGGAUGGUUUUGUCAGAAUGACAGCCGAAGAUCCUGCUUCUUCCUCGACCAUGAGCAACAACGCUGCCCCCUCCAAACCCUCCAAACCAUCUGGUGCCUCCCACCUCUCUCUCCAUGGACAGAUCAACGUUCCUGAGGGUGUUGCUGGUGCUCCCAACGAGGCAGCACUGGUAGCCCUGAUGGAGCGCACUGGCUACAGUAUGGUCCAAGAAAAUGGUCAGCGUAAAUAUGGCCCCCCUCCUGGCUGGAAUGGCCCUUCUCCUCCUCGAGGAUGUGAAAUCUUUGUCGGCAAGAUCCCUCGGGACGUUUAUGAGGAUGAACUGGUCCCAGUGUUUGAGUCCGUAGGACGCAUCUAUGAGAUGCGUCUGAUGAUGGACUUUGAUGGGAAAAACCGAGGGUACGCAUUUGUGAUGUACACAGAGAAACACGAGGCCAAGAGGGCUGUGAGGGAGCUUAAUAAUUACGAGGUGCGGCCCGGGCGGCUGCUGGGGGUCUGCUCCUCCGUGGACAAUUGCCGUCUUUUCAUUGGUGGCAUUCCCAAGACCAAGAAGCGUGAGGAGAUCCUGGAGGAGGUCUCCAAGGUGACAGAGGGUGUAUUAGAUGUGAUAGUUUAUGCCAGUGCGGCAGACAAGAUGAAGAACCGCGGCUUCGCCUUUGUAGAGUAUGAGUCGCAUCGUGCGGCCGCCAUGGCUCGCAGGAAGUUGAUGCCUGGACGCAUUCAGCUGUGGGGCCACCAGAUUGCAGUGGACUGGGCUGAGCCAGAGAUUGAUGUGGAUGAAGACGUGAUGGAGACAGUGAAGAUCCUCUAUGUCAGGAAUCUAAUGAUGGAGACCAGUGAGGAGACAAUUAGACAGGUUUUCAGUCAGUGGAACCCGGGAUGUGUAGAACGUGUGAAGAAAAUCCGUGAUUAUGCUUUUGUCCACUUUACCUCCCGGGAUGACGCAGUGCUGGCGAUGGACCACCUCAAUGGCACAGAGGUAGAAGGGUCCUGCAUCGAGGUGACGCUCGCCAAGCCAGUUGAUAAAGAGCAGUACUCGCGUCAGAAGGCCUCUAAGGGGGGAGUUUCUGCCACUCCAGAGGCCACUCAGCAGAACUACGUUUACCAGUGUGAUCCUUACACGUUGGCAUACUAUGGAUAUCCCUACAACACCCUCAUCGGACCCAACAGGGAUUACUUUGUUAAAGGAACCCCAAUGAUACAGAACAAUGCAGGUACUGUGCGAGGUCGUGGUCGUGCUGCUGCAGGUAAUCGUACCCCUGGACCACGGGGGUCGUACCUCGGGGGUUACUCUGCCGGUCGUGGCAUCUACAGUCGCUACCACGAGGGCAAGACCAAGCAGCCCGAAAAGCCCUAUGAGCUGAUGCCCAGUCUGGAGCUUGCUGCUUCCGUCAACCCAGUUGGCAUCAAACCUGGCACAAUGGCAUUGCCAACUCUGGGUGGGCAGUACCCAGUGUUCAGUGCUGCUCCUGCAGCCAAGCUGAUGGAGGAGGGGAAGGUGCACACAGUGGAGCAUCUUAUCAACCCUUUGGCCAUGCAACACCCUGAACACACCACUGCUACUGCUGCUGCUGCUACAGUCCUACCUGCUGUCUCCACCCCACCACCAUUCCAGGGCCGUCCAAUCACUCCUGUGUAUGCCAUGGCCCACAACGUUCAGCGCAUCCCAGCCGCUGGUGGCCUGUAUGGAGCUGGGUACGUCCCCAUCACAAACUACGCUGCCAACACUGCUGCUCUGGCUGCGCUGCAGAAAAAUGCAGCCGUGGCGGCUGCAGCAUAUGGAGGCUACACUGGCUACGCUGUGCCCCAGGCCUUCCCCGCUACGGCCUUCCAGCUGCCCAUCCAUGACGUCUACCAGACAUACUGAUGCGGAGGCUCAGACCACACAAAACAAGUUGUCUUGCCUGUGACUGAAUGACAUCUCAGCAGCGUCACAUAUAGAAACAUCUCUUGAACUUGAGUUCUAAAGGAAUUUGUAGCAAAUAUUAAGAGCACAGACAAAAUGACAACCUGACAUCUCAUAUCUGUUGGCCUCAGUAUGUCCGGGAUCCAAGUCAGCCAUAUAACAUUCUUAAUGAGGCAGCAUCAAUGUUUUCUACUGACUAUUGUAACAAAUAUAGAAGACAGUCAACCCAGCAAUAACCAUAACUCACAUUAACACAAGUCAGUCCCUCUCUGUGACCCCCACCACCUUGUUGCUAUGGCAACAGUAACACUGAAGGUACGUUCAAGUAUUUAUGAAGAGAAGAUGCAUAUUUAAAGUUUUAUUCUUUGUAGAUCUCUCUUUUUAUUGUGUGGUGGUAUCUGUUCUCUGAAACAGGAAACACAGACUUUUACACCUGGUCGAAAGUGUAAAAAUGACAAAAGAAAGUAAAGUUAUUUGAAAGGCAAAGUAAAAGUACAACAGGAACUACUGAUAACUGGGGAUACCACUGAACACAGCUGUCUUUGGACAUAUUAAUGUUUUAUAGAUUUUUUUUUUUUUUUUUGUCAUUAUAUAGUAUUCUGGCCCGUUCUACAUGCUGUAGGUGAUGCUGUCCGUCCACGCUGGUUGAAUGUGUAUGCUUUGAACAUGCCUGUUUGGUACUUUUUGGUUUAUUUAGUUUUAUUGUGUUUUGGUUGUUUAAAAUGAAGGUUAGGUGCGUUUAUUUGCCUAUAAUUAGAUUGCUUGUUUUUCUGUCUCCUUUUUAACUUUUUGAAACAUUUUUUUUGAUUUUGUUUAAAGAAAUGUCACCACUAAAUAAUGUAAUUGUGACAGAAUACUUGGGGAACAAAUACCUGAGAAAAGAAAACUGGAAAAUGAUGCCAACAAGCUAUGUAGACAUCACGUGCAUAGAAACAUUCUCCAUCCUAAGAAGCUGCGCUGAUAGGGGGCUAAGACUGAAUAGCUUUUCUUUUUUUUUUCUCUCAUUUAUGUGUGUUUUUAUUGUAGUUUUUGAAUUUGUAAGGUGAACAAACAUGGGCAGAAACGAGAGACAUUUUUCUGUAUGGACUGGAGCAAUGUGUCACUUGAAUAGCUCCUGCAUUUGCCAGUGCUUACCAAAAAAAAACUUAAGUCUACAUACUACACUCCGGUCUGAUGACUUUAGAAAGAUUCUCUGUGCCUGACUACAGUGCCUUACAUCUGCAUGCUGUAUGUGCCACUUGAUGCUUUUCACUGUGCCUUUUAUGAGAAAGCUAAGCCUAUGUGUUUGGCACAAAGAGGAGUAGACUUUCUCCAUAUUUCCCAUGAACCAGAUUUGGGGUUUUAUUGUAUCGCGUUGAGACGAGCAGGUUUCAGCCUCUGCAGCCAGAUGUGACAAGGCUACCUCCCUCCUGUAGGUAACACUCCAUAUGUCCGUCUCCACUUUAUUUCUCGUCCUGCAAACUGUGCUUGACCAAGGCGCACUUAAACCUAUUUAUAAAAAGGCAAGCGAUUGCCACUUUCAGAAGAAGAGAUAUUAAAUGUUGAGCAUGAAUUCUCCUGUUUAAACUGGACCAGUUUGGCUUUCGUCAUGUUCAUAUGUGUGACAUUUUUUCUUCACGGAAAAACAUUAAAUAACCCUUCUGAAUGCUUAGUAGGCACUUUUAAAACUCUGUAGUGUGUUGAAAAACAACAACGGCAAGUGUAUUAUUGAAAUAACUGGAGCAAUAUUUCACAAUGAAAUAUGCAAGUAGCCAUGCAAUAUAUGAACUGCAACACUGAAACCAGUUCAAGCAGCUGCUGAUCAUGAAGUCACACUCCACAACAGCCAUUCCUUUAUAGAAACAUGCCAAACAUUUUUAUGCUACCUUGUACUUUUGUUAUGAACCCUCCUUUUUUUUUAUUCUCCUCAUUUGAUGGUAUUUUAUUUUCUAACUUUUUUCAUCAGCUUCUCAGAUUUUCGAUAACACACAGAUGCAUUUGACUUUGGGGAGUGUCCGGAUGUAAUGAUUGUGGAUGAGAUAGUAAGUUUAAGAGUUUAGUCCUCCAUACUUGUAUGAAUUUAAAUCUCACUCCAUCAUCUGCAUUUUACUACUUCUCUCUCUCCUCUGAAACUGGAUUUAAUGUAGAAGACAAACUGCUGUUAACUGCUUUAUUAUUAUCUUGUAUGAUGACAAUAAGUCAGGAUAUAUUUAAUAUAUGCAUUAUGUGUGUUGUGUAUGAAGUGAGAAGAAAAGGUAUAAUAUAUUAUAAAACAUAUUUCUUUUCUUUAUUUACACCUUGUUUAGAGACAAAAAGUCAGAGUAACAAAAGUGUUUUUUUUUUCUCUUCUUUUUUUGCCAAAGUGUCCAAUCGUUUUUUAAACAUUCAAGGUUAUUGUGCUUUUUGUGUAAUGUUUUGUUUUGCUAUUUUGAACUGGAUUCGUUGUUAUGAGUGGGAAUACGAAGACCUUCACGUUCUGCUACGUUUUAUCAGUUUUAGCAGCAAAGGUUAAAACUGGCCACUGGUGUCUUAGCAGCAGCCAUUGGAGCCACUUUGGACCUGCUGCAUGUCAGUUUUGGCGGAAAAAAAAGAAAGAAAAAAAAGUAAAAGUCUAACAAUGAUUUAGCCGCCAUCCAAAUUCAUGUGUUAAACCUUCCACUCAAAAUACCUGCUUGACUUUCUAUUAACUGCAUUUCACCCACACUGUAGGAGGACCUCCUUGUGUCAGUGGCGUGGAGCUACAUGUGCCUAGUUCAAUAUAGGUGUUACCAUUUAAGCCUUUUCCUAGUGUGUGCCUUAUUGCCAAGAUGUGCCCUUUGCUAUACCUUUGUAGACCUAUGCAGACUGUUUUCUAUCUGAAGGUUUGUUAAAAAAAAAAAGAAAAAAAGAAACCUUGUUCUGCGUUGUUAUAUUUAUAGUGAUAAAGUAGACAAAUAAAGCAUUUUCCAAAGGA